AUGGAGUUUGUUUGGAGUUUGGAGCAUUGGAAUUUGUUUGAAUGUUCGAGGAACGAAGAGACCUGGCAACCAGCGCACAGAGAGUGCAGUAAUGAUUCCACGUGCGUCUGUGCAGCGGGUUCCAAUGGAAAGUUCUGCGAGCAAAAUGUCACUCUUAGCCUGGAUGGAUCCUGGAUAGUUGUUGUAGCCUUGAAAGGUUACAAUGGCAAGUAUCCCAGUCGUAAACACCGAUCGGAAAUUGAUUACAUUGAGAUGGCAAAAUGUCAGACGGAUAGUACCACAAGAUUUGUAGCCACGGAGUCCAAUGGAAAGCUGAUGCUUACGACAGACAAUGGGAAGUAUUUGUCGAGAGUAAGACGUGGAAAUGUCGAUUAUAUUGAAGCUUUCAAGACACAUCCUGAUACAUGUAUUUUCAGCCAGUUUACAGUACAUGAUCAAUCAGAUGGAAUCGUAGUAUUGCAAGCAGACAAUGGAAAAUACUUUAGUUUAAUCGAUCGCAACUCAAGAAACUCUUCUGAGGCAGCGAGGGAUAACACUGAUUCUUUCUGCAGAUUGGCGUGCUUGAUUCAGGAGUAG